CAUACGUUCAUUGUUCAGGAGGUUCACUAGACCAAGCAGCCUUUUGGGUUCCUCUAAGUAAGUACUGUAUAGAAUAAUGGGACUGGGAGGAUGGUGUAGGUUUAAAUUUAUUAGACAAGUACAUAUACACCAACAAGACAGUGCACAAGAAAGUUUGUUUUCAUUCAUAGGCUUCAUUGUCUUUCCAUCAAUACCUGGUGGGCCGGACUAGGCUCAAAAUGCCCGGGCCGAUUUUUUGUCCCAGUCCAGCCCUGGUGACAGCUGAUAGACUUUAAUGGAUAAUGUCUCUGUACUAACCUUUUUUGUGCUUUCAGGAUUAAAUUACACAGUGCAGCACCGAAUCAUUAUCUUCACUCUGACUUUACUGUGUUACUCAGUCAUUUGGAUAUUAAAUGCUGCUCUCAUCAUAACCAUCAUUGUGGACAGAAAACUUCAUGAGCCUAUGCAUAUAUUCUUGUGUAAUCUGUGUAUUAAUGGACUUUAUGGAACAGCAGGCUUUUACCCCAAAUUCCACAUGGAUCUUCUGUCUACCACUCAUGUCAUCUCUUAUGCUGGAUGCCUUCUGCAGGGUUUUGUGUUGCACUCUUCCACUAGUGCUGAGUUUUCUUUUCUAGCUGUGAUGGCCUAUGACAGAUAUGUGGCUAUAUGUCGUCCUCUGGUGUACCACUCUGUGAUGACCAAACAGAGAGUUUGUGUGUUUGUACUUUUUGCUUGGCUUAUACCCAUUUAUUUGGUGUUCAUGGGUUCAGUAACAACAUCAAAAUCAAGGUUAUGCGGCUCACACAUACCAAAAAUCUACUGUAUAAAUUGGCUGAUUGGUAGACUAGCUUGUUCUGCCUCCAUAGCAAACAUUGCGAUCCCAGCUUUUAAUUAUACUUUUUUUUCUGUUCAUUUUGUCUUUAUUAUUUGGUCUUAUGUAUAUCUGAUCAGAACAUGUCUAAUAUCCAGAGAAAACAUGACAAAGUUUAUACAAACAUGUCUGCCACAUUUGUUAUGUUUACUAAUUUUUUCUGUGUGUUUGCUUUUUGAUUUGUUGUAUGUGCGAUUUGGCUCAAAAGAUUUACCACAAAGUGCCCAGAACUUUAUGGCAAUUGUAUUUCUCCUCAUUCCUCCACUGUUCAAUCCCCUUAUAUAUGGUUUCAAAUUGACACAAAUAAGAAAUAGAAUUAUGGAGUUUCUGUGCUGUAAACAUCUCUAG